GUUCCAGCCAACCAGACUGGAGCCGCUGCGAAGGCUACAUCUUGGCAGUCGGAAGCGAUUGGCUCCUCUCUGGGGAGUGGAGGGUGUUCAGUUAUUAAUGACCGCUGAGCAGGCAGCACCAUGUCAGUGUGACAACUGAUCGGGUGAACGAUGCACCGCUAACCACCAUGGAAACAAGGAGCAAUCAAGCCAACUCCCAGCACCUCCCUGCCCGGGAUUGAGAGCCUCAGCUGCCUACCGAGAGAAAGAGUUCCAGGGCAAAGAGGGAAUCCUAGCUGCAGCCUCCUGCCUUCCUUUCUAUUCAGAAUACGGAGAUAAGACUGCCUGCAUGUGUGCAUAUCCGUAGUGCAUAUUUGUGCCUACUUUACCGCACACACAUAUGCACGAUUCACACCCGGGGGAGAAGACAAGCGAGUGAUUAUCUCAACCAAGGGACGGAGGAAUUCUGCACGCAGGGACAGCAGAGGUGGUCUAGCUCUGAAACUGCUUUAGCAAGCAUAAUGCUGCUGUUCCUGCAAUACUGAAGAAGCAUGGGAUCUGAAUAGCACAAUCCUAAAUAAAUGAAUUGCUCAAUCUCCUGUGAUCAUCUAUACAUACACCAUCCUCAAAAAGGACAUCAGUAUUCUACCAUUAAAGAAACAGUGACCUUCUAUUAUCCAAUAUGCAUGACACUUUUGGCCAAUGCAAUUGUGGCGCUCACACUUAUAUCCACGAAGAAAAACUCCGCAGUUCUUUGGCAUUCAUCAUUUGACAAAUGCAAGUAUUUUCUGUAUCAUUCAGCUCUUACUGAACUUACUAGCAGUGACUGUGGAAUCCUUAAGGGCCUGUUAAAUUUCUGAAGAAGAAAGCUAAGAUGAAGGACAUGCCACUCCAAAUUCAUGUGCUACUUGGCCUAGCUAUCACUACACUAGUACAAGCUGUAGAUAAAAAGGUGGACUGCCCACAAUUAUGUACAUGUGAAAUCAGGCCUUGGUUUACACCCAGAUCCGUGUAUAUGGAAGCAUCUACAGUGGAUUGUAAUGAUUUAGGUCUUUUAAAUUUCCCAGCCAGAUUGCCUGCUGACACACAGAUUCUGCUCCUACAGACUAACAAUAUUGCAAAAAUUGAGUAUUCCACAGACUUUCCAGUCAACCUUACUGGCCUGGAUUUAUCUCAAAACAAUUUAUCUUCUGUCACCAAUAUUAAUGUAAAAAAGAUGUCUCAGCUUCUUUCUGUGUACCUGGAGGAAAACAAGCUUACUGAACUACCUGAAAAAUGUCUGUCUGGUCUGAGAAGCUUACAAGAACUCUAUAUUAAUCACAACUUGCUGUCUACAAUUUCACCUGGAGCCUUUAUUGGCCUACACAAUCUUCUUCGACUUCAUCUCAAUUCAAAUAGACUACAGAUGAUCAACAGUAAGUGGUUUGAUGCUCUUCCGAAUCUAGAGAUUCUGAUGAUUGGGGAAAAUCCAAUCAUUCAAAUUAAAGACAUGAAUUUUAAGCCUCUCAUCAAUCUUCGAAGUCUGGUUAUAGCCGGUAUAAACAUCACAGAAAUUCCAGAUAAUGCCUUGGUGGGACUUGAAAACUUAGAAAGCAUCUCUUUUUAUGACAACAGGCUUAUUAAAGUGCCCCAUGUUGCUCUUCAAAAAGUUGUAAACCUCAAAUUUUUAGAUCUAAAUAAAAAUCCUAUAAAUAGAAUACAAAGGGGUGAUUUCAGCAAUAUGCUGCACUUAAAAGAGUUGGGAAUAAAUAAUAUGCCCGAGCUGAUUUCCAUCGACAGUCUUGCUGUGGAUAACUUGCCAGACUUAAGAAAAAUAGAAGCUACUAACAACCCCAGAUUGUCUUACAUUCACCCUAAUGCAUUUUUCAGACUCCCCAAGCUUGAAUCACUCAUGCUGAAUAGCAAUGCCCUUAGCGCCCUCUACCACGGUACCAUUGAGUCUCUGCCAAACCUCAAGGAAAUCAGCAUACACAGCAACCCCAUCAGGUGUGACUGUGUCAUACGUUGGAUUAAUAUGAACAAAACCAACAUUCGAUUUAUGGAGCCAGACUCAUUAUUUUGCGUGGACCCACCUGAGUUCCAAGGCCAGAAUGUCCGGCAAGUGCAUUUCAGAGACAUGAUGGAGAUUUGCCUCCCUCUUAUAGCUCCCGAGAGUUUUCCUUCUAAUUUGGAUGUAGAACCUGAUAGCUAUGUCUCCCUUCACUGUCGAGCCACUGCGGAGCCACAGCCUGAAAUCUACUGGAUAACGCCUUCUGGUCAGAAGCUCUUGCCUAAUACUCUGACAGAUAAAUUCUAUGUACAUUCUGAAGGCACACUAGAUAUAAAUGGUAUCACCUCAAAAGAAGGGGGCUUAUAUACUUGCAUAGCUACUAACCUAGUUGGAGCUGACUUGAAGUCUGUUAUGAUAAAAGUAGAUGGUUCUUUUGCCCAGGAUAACAAUGGAUCUUUGAAUAUUAAAAUAAGAGAUAUUCGGGCCAAUUCAGUUCUGGUGUCUUGGAAAGCAAGUUCUAAAAUUCUCAAAUCCAGUGUUAAAUGGACUGCCUUUGUCAAGACAGAAAAUUUUCAUGCUGCCCAAAGUGCUCGAAUACCAGCUGAUGUCAAGGUGUAUAAUCUUACUCAUCUGAACCCAUCCACUGAGUAUAAAAUUUGUAUUGACAUUCCCACCAUCUAUCAGAAAAUCAGAACACAAUGUGUAAACAUCACCACAAAAGCUUCGGACCCUGACCAAAAAGAAUCUGAAAAGGGUAAUGCCACAAUAUUUAUGGCCUGCCUUGGAGGCCUUCUGGGGAUUAUUGGUGUGAUAUGUCUUUUCAUCUGCCUCUCUCAAGAAAUGAAUUGUGAUGGUGGACAUAACUAUAUGAGGAAUUACUUACACAAACCAACGCUUGCAUUCAGUGAGCUUUAUCCUCCUCUGAUAAACCUCUGGGAAGCAGGCAAAGAAAAAAGAACAUCCUUGGAAGUGAAAGCAACUGUUAUAGGUGUGCCAACAAAUAUGUCCUAAAACAAACAAACCAACAAACCUAAAAAACUAAACCUACUGCAAAGAAAAACUCAAUAUCGAAGUUGUGCUAAAAAAAAUAGGAAGGAAAUAUUACUUUCUAUAAAGAAGGCUAAGCUUCACCAAUGCUGCUCCUGACCAAUGGAAAUAUGUACAAGUUCAGCAUUUUAAUUAACUGGCUUCAAAGGGUACUGUGGCAACCAAAUAAUUCCAUUUUCUAGAACUUUCAUGUAACUUUUAUGUCUGGACUACAGUUAAAGUGGACAAAAACAUUUCUGUAUUUUUUUUAAGUAUAUAAGAGUAGUUGAACUGAGCAAUACCUCCUCCUGUGUUGUAUUACACAUAUUAGCCACGAGUUUUUGCAGUGACCAGAUAAAAUUAAUUGACACGUGGUGUAAUAAAAAGGACAAAUUCUGUAGAGUAGACACAGUGAGUAUGUGGACCUCUUUUAUAAGGAAAAAUACAUUUUGGAUUAAAAUCAAUUGCUUUUGUCUUGUUUUGUUUAUAAAUAAAGAAUAAUUUCUGGGAAAUGUCAUCUGAUCAGAUAUUCAAAUUACAAGUUUUCAAAGCGUUUUCAAUAACAAAGUUUGAAAUGUUAAGGGUAAUACACUUGUAUUGGGUUAUGUGACUACAUUUUAAUAAUGCAAAAAUGGAACUUAGAAAGCAUUUGAUCAAUAUUUUAAAAAUCAUAGUAUUGUAUUUAAUACUUUAAUUAUUGACUGAGACACAUAUCCCAGGAAAUUAUACAUUCACUUAAAGAUUUUCUUAACAAGCAGCCUUGGAGUGGAUUUAAUUAUUAAGUUCAGAUAAUGUAAAUCCAAUACCUGAGAAAUUGUAAGUCCUAUUUUAAUAAUUAAUAAUGGCACAUCUUCAGGUUGCUGCUUCUGCAGAGAAUAUUACCAAAUUUCAGUAGGACUUUAAAUCUAGGUGUAGUUUUCAAAUCUUUUGGUGAUUUUUAAACACUUACUGAGCCUCAAUAAAAUAAGAAAAUAAUAAUCUGCUAUGAUGCAAACAUAGCAAGGGAACAACACAUUCCAUUUCAAAACUAUGAUUUUAGAAUUUCAUCAUAAAAUAUAUCGAUUAGUAGAAAAAGUUUGUCAAGUUGAAAUUUAUGAAACUCUACUUUUACUUUGUUCAUCCUUGUAUAAAAAUUAUAUAAUUGGGAUCAUUCCAGAGUUUGAGGGGACAGCAAGAGGACAGUUUAACUAAGUAAACACUUUUGAAACUAAUUUAGAAUAAAAGAAAACAAUAUAGUGCAGUCCUUCAAGACUAUAUUUAAGGUGCCUAAAUAAUACAGUUUAAAAAUUCCAAAUCACUGAAAUAAAGUGCCAAGAACUUUACUAGUUGUUUAAAAAUAUUAUAUAGAAAAUGAAAGAACUUCACUUGGGGAAAAAAAACCUAUGAUCAUCGAGAAUUUUAUUCAUUUUUACAAAAAAACCCCAGAGUGUUAAAAAUAAAUGUAUUUUUGUACAAAGGAAAACAUCCUGAAAUAUUAGAAAACUGUGAUAAUAAGCCAUAAUUUUUAAAGGCAAAUUGCUUAUCUCUACAAAACUACAUGGCUUCUAUGUUAAUUGCUGUUGUGUCUGCUAAUAAGUGCUUAACUUUUCUUACAAUAGCUUGCUGCAUAUCAUCAACAUGUCACUGGCCUGUAAGCAUUUCCACUGUAGUCAUAUCAACUUAUUUUUUAAUAUCAGACAUUUCUUUUGUGAUGGCAUUGACAGUUUCUAAUUAAAUUCUAGCUGUUUUUGACAAUGUGGAAGGUAAUUGUUAUGAACUCUUUAAAAUGAAAGGACAAACUGUGUUAAUUUCAACACAACCAAAAUGUGGAACUUGCUAAUUAAUGUUUUUCCCAAACACAAAUUUUACAACCUGAUGAAUCACUAUCACACAGAGACUGACAUUAGAAUUCAUCAGCAAGACAUGCUCAUACAUCAUGAGGAUUUCAGCACCAUUGACAGAGCUUUUUGGAGCUCAGCUAUUUGUCAAAAAUAUAUGGGCUGAAAUACAACCUAUUAGGAUGCAGGCAUUGUUUAGGUCAGCAAGAACUUGAGCAGGUAUCUCCUGUGUUUCUUUUAAACUUAAAAACCAUCACAAACAUAUCAUACAGCUGAGAAUGCAUUUCAAGCUACCUAUUUCCUAUGAAAAUUGUUAUGAAAUAAGCUCUCUGGCUAGACAUCUAGUAGUGAGCAAUGGAGUGAAGUAUUUUUGGUACAGUCAAAUAAAUACAGAACCUCAAAACAAACCAAGAUCCUACUUAUUUGCUUAAAUUUUAAUCUAAAAUAGCCAGGAAGAGAAAAAGACAUUUGAUUGAAUGAUAAUUAGUCUUUCAUAUUCCCUAUGAUACCUCUUAAACCUCAAUUAAAAUUAACUAAGCAAUGAUCACAGUACCCAAAACAAAUAACUUACAGCGUUAUCGCACAUAUGGAUGCACCAGUUGUACCAGAGAAGUUUACCUAUGACAAACAAAAUUCUAAAGUUUAUACCUCUACAAAUGCCAAUUAAUCAGAUUAUCUUGUACAGAGAAAGGUAACUUUCACAAAAAUGAUUUUUCAAGAAUUACAUAUUUCUAGUUUACUCUUCAAAAUAAAAUUCCCAUUUUCUGAAAAGAAAGAAGUCCAACUGAAUAUAAAAAUACAAUCAUGCAUUGCAUAAGUAAGUUUCAAUCAACAACAGGUUGCAUGUACAAAGCUAUUCUCACAAGACUGCAAUGCAGCUGAAAAAUUCCUCUCACCUAGUGAUGUCCUAGCUAUCUUCACAUCAUAGCACAGCACAUUAUUUACAUGGUGACCCUGAUGUAAACAAACCUACUGUGUUGUCUGUUGUAUAAAGCUAUUGCACAUACAAUUAUAUUUAGAACAUAAUACUUGAUAAAGGUAACAAAUGACUAUGUUAAUGGUUCAUAUAUGUACUAUACUUUUAUUAUUUUGGAAUACAGUCAUACUUAUAAAUAGUUUAUUGUAAAACAAUAUCCAUGUUAUGCUGGCAGUAGCCUCAUAUAGCUCACGUUUACCAUGUCUCUCUCUUGUUUUGUUUUGUUUUUUAUGGAACUGGGAAUCAAACUCAGGACCUUGUGCUUGCCAGGCAGGUGCGGCACCACUGAGCUAAAUCCCAGGCCCCUAUCAUGUCUCUUGAUUGCAUUAGAUGCCACAUCAAGAGGCCUCUACCACCCAGGUUUGCUUAAGUACAUUAUAUGAUGCUCACACAAUGCUGAAAUCAAUUAAUGAUGCAUUUCUCAGAAUGAAACAUUGUUGAGUUAGGCAUGACUACAUAUAAAAACAGUGUGGAGCAAAAUGUGUUACUUGUUAGUAAAUCAAAGCAGCGACAUACUGUCACUUUCCUAGGGGGGAAA